GUCAUCACCGCCUCCCAGCAUCCCUGCCACAGCAGCACCGCCAUUUUCCCCUCACUUCAGAACCACCACAACUGCUGGAGCAUCCCGCACCUAUCCACCCUGUUUAUGAAUCUGACUCCACCUUCCCCCUCCACCCCUCUACCCCCUGUCUCCCACUCUCGUCUGUGACUGACGCACCGCUGCGUUCACAGCUCGCGCCCACCCAGCGCCGCUGCUGCUGCUGAAGCUGAGACUCAAUCCCUCUCUCUCUCUCUUCUCCGGCGGAUUCUCCAUGUAUGGAUGCGCUAAGGAGAAGGAUGCUGUAGGCUGACCAGAGACAGAGAGACGUACACUAAAAAACACCGAGAACAUUGAAGAGGGAGGGAGCGGAGGAUUCUGCUUUUGAAUGGACAGAGGAAGAUUCACCCUCUGCGGUCGUCGAGUGUGAGCUGCUGAGGUAAGAGAUGGCUCCUUUGGUGUUUGUCGCUGUUUACGCGUGUCACGCCUUGAUGAAGACAGUAGGUUAGGUGUGUGUUGUGUUGUGUUGUGUUGUGUUGUGCGCUUGUUAUGUCGAGGCCUUUCUGUGCGCUCAAGGAGAGAAAUUGGAUCGUUGCGGCACGCUGUUGGAUGCCUUCAUUUCGUCGCUGUCAAAAACUGGCUGUUAAAAAUUUCUCUUUUCCAUCUUUACAGAAACGGCACCCAGAAUAAAUACGAUCAAAAUGUCGGCUUGUGAGAGCUGUUAGUGAUAUAUUAGACUGAAUAAUGCUCGCUGACCUCUUUCUGACGCAGUGUUUGAUGGUUCUGUGUUUACGCGGCCUGUAUUUGAGGUGCGGCAGGCGAGGGAAGAUGGAGACAAUAUUUACAUGGCUGCACCGCAAACGCCUGCGCACGUUUCCUUCCAUUUAUGUGUAACCUUAAAGAUAACAUCGUGUGUAAACUUGAUUUAGUUGAAUUUAUCAUAAUUUUCAUCGACAGAGUCUGAGAGGGUGGAUUAUGCGCUGUGCUGACCCUAAUAUCUCGUCAUUUUGAGAGAGAGAGAGACAGAAAAAAUAAUUUUUGAACGCUUUGGAUGGAAGUAAAUUAAUGCAGAAAUCAGUGAACUAAUCCCAGAGUUACAGGGGUGUGUUAUCUUCAAUACAAGCAGAGAAGAAACACCGUUUGAUCACAAGGCCUUGAUUCAGUCUUUAUGGAUGAGACCUGGGAGUGAUGCCUAGAAAUAAGCAGCCAUUUUAGAGUAUUAAAGCAGAGAUGCUCAUGGAUUUUCAACCUAAUAAUGGUCCAGACAUUUAGACGACCUCUUUUUUUAAGAGCUGGGUGUCAGAGUGAUGCUGAACUGACUAAAAAUGAAGGAUGUGUCAGUCACUGCUGGCCUGCCCUCCAUGUUAAAUCAUAACUCAACAAAUGAAUUGAGCAGAUGAUGUUAGUUAUCAGUUUAUGGUGUCUUUUUUUAUCAUUGCAAAUAGGUCCACUUCAUCCUAACUCAUCUCAUUAUCUACCUGGGCAGGUGCCAGGUGUGCGUGUCUGUGUAGCCAGACAGAUCUUCAGCUCUUCUGCUCACCCACUCACCCACCUGUGACAUGGCGGGGGCCUCGGUGAAGGUGGCGGUGAGGGUCCGACCCUUCAAUUCCAGAGAGAUCGGGAAGGAGAGCAAGUGUAUCAUUCAGAUGUCAGGAAACACAACAAGUGAGUUUCAGUUCCUCAGAGUCCUCGAAACAGGAUCUACUUCACAUGGACAGGAGGAUUAUUGUGCAGAGUUUGACACUAUGGGAUGUUUUCAGAAAGUUUUUAUUUUCUCUCCUUUUAAUUUGUGUUAAACUGACUUUUCUCAACCUAGAAGUAAAAUUAUUUAUUGACUGAUUGGUGAACUGAAUAUUGUAAGUUUAAGAUGUAAAGUUAGUAAUCAAGAGCUGGUGUAUAAAGCUUUCAAGAAGGAAGCAUGUUUUCUAACAUACUUAAUAUUAUCAUAGCUUAGUCGGGACAUAAGAUAAUGUUAUUCAUCGGUUUUAAUAUUGUUGGAUGAAGUAAGGGGAUCAUCAUAAAUCACAGAAGUUGAACAUUUGAUGGAUGUAUCAGGUGUUACAUAAUAUAUCAGGGUUCCGAUGCAAGUAUGGAAAAAAAAUGAUCAAUUUCCAGGUCUUUAAAAGAAAGGAAAAUGAAAAAUGAAGUAUGGAAAAAUAUUUAUGUUGACAGACUAUUACCACAGUUAUAAAAUACUAUUUUCAAAAAUAGAUAGGUAGGUAUUUACAAAAAGUAGGGUAUGGAAUGGUAUGGAAAUUCCGACUGUGUGAUGACUGAAAUCACACAGGGUUCACAGUCAACAGUAAUGUGUUUCUCAUGUUUUUUAUUUUGUAUAAAUGGAGACUUCUAAGGAUAUUUUUAUUGACCUACAUUGGGCCACAUUUAGCACGUUCAAACUCUAAACGCUAUUUGUCCCUGCCUGCAGUUGACAGGAGGGUGGGCAGGGAGGCAUGCAGCAACAACAUAGCAGCUCAAGGGAGAAACAAAAGCUUCAGUCAGGCCUGCUAUUAUGUGCGUGUGUGUGUGUUAGUGUUUGUGUCUGUGUGUGUGCGCAUAGGAUGUAGCCUCCUCACACGAGCUGCAGGGACCAAAAAGGCCCCCUUGUUCUGGUUGAGCCUAGACGUGGGAUCAGCUGAUAGAAGUGUGUGUGUGUGUGUGUCUGUGUUUGUGGGUAUGAAAGAAAGAGGGAGUUUGUCAGCCUGCUGUGCUGGUCGGUGUUUUUAAUGAUCUCAUUAGAGGAGAAUAUUCAGACUUUUAUUUUUUUCAAACUUAUUACACUCACUCACAUUUUCAGCAGUUGUCUGUGUCUAUUUUUCUGUGGCGGCCACUCCACUCCUCAUGAGCCACACAAAGAUGAGCUGGUGCCUUGAAUAAAUGGAUGGAUUGACGGAUGGAUGGUCACAGUGGGUUUUGCCGACUGCAUGUCUCAGCAGGACAUUUCUUCCUGCUGUAGUUCUGAGCUUGUCCACAGGGGGCAUUUCAGUUUACAGCCAAAAGGAAAUCUAGUUCUGCUCAGUUUUUAUUUUGUAUUCUCUUAUGCACCUCUCUCUUCCCCUCUGUAAAAAGUAGGAGCGGUGCAUUUCAAACUCCUCCUUUUUGAAACAUAAACAAAGUGAGUUUUAUCUGAAAUAGGCGCAUGGCUUACACCACAACUGCAAAUCAUAACAUAACAGAAAAUUGGAGUGAGAAAUGAACACUGCACUACAUGCCCUAUUUUAAACACUUAGACAUAAAUGUCAAAAUGUGUCUUGUUCAAAGCCUUUUCUGUUUUAUUAGAGGUAGAAAGUAGAAGAAAAUAGCAGAUAUAUGCAUCUGUACUGUAGGAAAUGUUUUUUUUUCUUGUAAAAAACACAAACAGGAAACGCAAUUUCUCUGUUGACUUGAGAUGCAAUCAUUUACAUCUCUUAUAUGUUUUGAGGAGUAUUGUGCUCACUCUGCUACAUGACAUAGACUGACCUGAAUGAGUAUACAUAUACAGAGUAUACAUAUAUAGAGCAGCUAACUGAUCUCUGUAAUGCUUUAAUUUUCAGCAAUCCUGAAUCCCAAACAGCCAAAAGAAAACAAGAGUUUCAACUUUGACUAUUCCUACUGGUCACACACCACAGUGAGUAUUACUGCAUCUAAAAUCAUCAAAUUGCUUGACACAAGUAUUUGAUAAAAGUUUAAUGGUCUAACUUUUGGUAUUUGACUUGAUGUUAAAUGAAACCUGCCUUUUUCAUGCUUUGCUUUUUUUCAUCUAUAACACCGUCGCUCUCCCUCUCUGUCUGCAGCCUGAGGACAUCAACUAUGCAUCCCAGAUGCAGGUGUACAAGGACAUCGGAGAGGAAAUGCUGCUUCAUGCCUUUGAAGGCUACAAUGUGUGCAUAUUUGCUUACGGACAAACCGGAGCUGGGAAAAGCUACACCAUGAUGGGACGGCAGGAGAAGGACCAGCAGGGAAUCAUUCCUCUGGUAUCACAACAUUCACCUCUGAAUCUGAAAGACCUCAAAUAUUAGGACAAACAAAGAGACUUUGCUGCUCUUAAACUGUUUUAGGUGGAAAACAUUUCAAAGAAGUGAUUUUAUUUUGACCUUGAAUCUUCUCUUUGUCUCUCUGUUAGCUAUGUGAGGACCUUUUCACCAAGAUCAAUGACAGCAAUAAUGACAACAGCAUGUCUUACUCCGUGGAGGUGAGUGGAGCCAAAGUCUAAAUCAAACUUUUCUCAUGGAUGAUUUCACAAAUCAAUUUCAGUAUCGUCUUUGCCAAACCUUUCUUGACAAAGUCUCAAUCUUAAAAGUUGUUCAGCUUUUUAAAGGAUCUAAAAAUACAUUUGUACUUCUGUAUUUGUAUUUUUCAGAAACUAACAGCUGUUUUAUUAAUAGUAUUUAAUUAAAAUCUUAAACCUUUUUGAAGAAUCACAAAACAUCGAAUAAUAAACAAUGAAUUGCUCCUAAAGACAUGUUGCACCAUAAUCACCUCUGUGCCUCUUGCAGGUGAGUUACAUGGAGAUCUACUGUGAGCGUGUGCGUGAUCUGCUGAAUCCCAAAAACAAGGGAAACCUGCGUGUCAGAGAGCACCCUCUGAUGGGACCAUACGUCGAAGAUCUGUCCAAGUUGGCUGUUACUUCAUACAAUGACAUUCAGGAUCUGAUGGACUCUGGAAACAAAGCCAGGUAAAAAGAAAAAGAAAAUUUGGAAUUAAUCAGUCCGACUGCAAAAAAGUUACUGUUAAGGAUGUUCACCUAAAGCAACAUUUCCCUUUUUUUCAAGGACUGUGGCUGCGACCAACAUGAACGAGACCAGCAGCCGCUCCCACGCCGUCUUCAACAUCAUCUUUACGCAGAAAAAACACGACAUGGAGACAGACAACACGUCAGAAAAGGUUUGAGCUCAUUAAAAUCACUCUGCAUGACACAUAAAAAUUUCCGCUUCCCAGAAAAACAAAUCAAUAACGAGGAGUUUAGUCUUCUCCUGGACCGUGUUCGACAUCAGCGGCUUCUGCAGAGACACUCAGAAGCUGAAAAUAAUUUCAUCUUUUAUGACCUCAGAGGCGGCCAUCUGUGGCCGUCUCAGAGAGAUGUAUUGAUUUAUACACUUUAUUAAUACCACUUGUCUUGGUGCUGUUUCAGCUGUGAUGAAUGUCCAGGUUUUAAAAAUAUUGUGUAUCAUCACAGGUCAGUAAGAUCAGUCUGGUGGAUCUGGCUGGCAGUGAGAGAGCCGACUCAACUGGAGCUAAAGGGACCAGACUGAAGGUGAGAGAAACCGCUUUUUUAUGGAGUUACUUCACUUAUAAGAAUAGAGUGAUGGACUGAAAGCAGAACAAAACAUUCAGAAUAAACUCAAGGAGAUAAAAAGGAGGAUAAAUACUUUUUAAAACUAACUUUUAUCUUUUUGGUAUUUACAGGAAGGUGCAAACAUCAACAAAUCUCUAACUACACUGGGGAAAGUUAUUUCUGCUCUAGCUGAAGUGGUAUGUCUUUUUUUUCUAAAACGUACAGUUGUAAACUCUUUAGUUUUUGCCUAAAUAACAAAAGUUGGUAUUUUUCCUCUUAAUUCCAGGACUCUGCACCAAACAAGGUCAGUAAUAUCAAUCAUCAGACAUUUACAACAACAGGCUUUGCUGAAUAUUUAAUUUAUUUUUAUUCAUACAUAAAACAAAGUGUGUCAACCAUUUUUAAUUUUUUCACAGAACAAGAAAAAGAAGAAGGUGGAGAGUUUCAUCCCCUACAGAGAUUCAGUCCUGACAUGGCUACUAAGAGAAAACUUGGGUACUUGAAUACAUCGAAAGAAACCCUGAGUUACUAAUAAUUAAUCAUUUUUGUCGAUAUCCAUCUUGAGUGUUGUUUUUUCUCUCUUUUAGGGGGAAACUCUCGCACAGCUAUGGUGGCCGCCCUAAGUCCUGCUGACAUUAACUAUGACGAGACCCUCAGCACUCUCAGGUAAGAGAUAUAUCAGCCACCUACCUUUCCCAUGAAACUUCAAAAAGGAUGUUUCCCCCUAUAAAAAUAAUGUCAGACUCACUACACAGGCUCAACAUGUACAAUAUGCUCAUGCAAUGCCUGAGCAGUUUGAUGUAUUUAUUUGCAUAUGUAUAAGGAAAAUGGAUUUUAUGUAUCUCAGUAUUGAUUCAUAGUUGUUGACCUUAACAGCAGUUGCCUGCCCUGUUUGCUCUUUGCAUUAAUUGUGUAACUAACUUCUAAUCAAACACAUUGUAAGGAUGCCUAGCCCAUGUUCACACUAAUGAUCAGUUUGACAAGCUUUACUGGUCACAGAUCUGGGUUACAGCUUCAUCAUGCGACAAGUGUAACAAAGACUGGUCUGAGAGUGUUCAAGUUUAUAUAGCCGUCCAUGUUUCCAAACAUUCUGCUUGCAUCUUGUUGACCUAAAGAAGAGUCCAUGUAGGGUAAGAACAGAGACAACAUAUUUUAAGGACAACAUACGGAGAGCCCAUAUAGAGGAAUACCAUAGCAUAACAUAUUUUGGGAACCUGAGUGAUGUCAAAAAUGUGUACAAGGUUAUUUGUUGAGGAUAGUUGUCGGAGGCCCCUGGCUCCAGCAAUCUAACACCAACGUUUCCAUGGUAUCUGAGUGACACAGCUCCACCACCUUAAAGGCUGACAUGACUGGCUAAAGAAAAUCACCCUGACACACAUGCACCAUUAUUCCAAUUUUUCAAUUUAUACACAUGUUUAAUCAAGCACCCCUAUGAUCAGUUGUAGUUGGUCUGCAAAGCCUGAGGAGGCAUGACAUAUGUCUUAAAAACUUCUCGAUCGGCACCAUUCCAGGUACGCCGAUCGUGCCAAACAGAUCCGCUGUAACGCCGUGAUCAAUGAGGACCCCAACAACCGGCUGGUGCGUGAGCUGAAAGAGGAGGUGGCUCGCCUCAAAGAUCUGCUGUACGCACAGGGCCUGGGAGACAUUAUCGAGAGUGAGUAUCACAGAAAAACUGCAGUCUCCAAGCUGAAACAUAUGAGCAGUCAUCUAAAAUUUAGAGAUGUUGUGCAGUGUUUUCAUUUGAUGUUUUAGACAGAGGAUGGAUCAGUCCUGGAGGAUGGGUGUCCUCACACUCAUUCUCUUCUCUCCUCUGUCCUAUCAGCGUAUCGCGGCACCGGCCCCGUCAUCGCUGGUUUGAAAUGUGUGUAUGACUUUGAAAAGCCUGCGCUUUGCUACGUAAAAAUAGAAAAAAAAAAUCCUAGGGAGGGUCUUCCUCCUCAACCACAACAGAGACCAUACAAACAAUCCCCAAAAAACUUAUCCUGAAGCAGGGGUUCUCAAGUCCAGUCCUCAGCCCCCCCGUUGUGCAUGUUUUGGAUGUUUCCCUGCUCCAACACACCUGAUUCAAAUGAUCAGCUCGUUAUCAAGCUCUGUAAUGGCUUAAUAACGAGCUAAUCAUUUGAAUCAGGUGUGUUGGAGCAGGGAAACAUCCAAAACAUCCAGGACGGGAGGGGCUCGAGGACUGGACUUGAGAACCACUGCCCUUAAGUGACACAUGACAAAAAUGUUCAUGAGUUAAAUUGAGACUUAAUUGAAUAACUGAAAAUCAAAAAUAAUACAUCAAAUCUGAGAGACGUUUUUAUCCUUUUAAUCACUUUGUUCUCAAGAAUUCUGCAAAAUGGCCUCCUUAUUCUUCUCUAAUUCUGGUUUCUAUUGUCCUCCUCCCUUCUUUGUUCAAUCCGGAAAGCUCAGUCGCUGAACACUUUCAUCUUCAAAACACAGUUUACUUUGUGACUGGGCUUACCCUUUACGCUGUGAUCCUCCAGAAUCUGCAGCAGACCGAAUUAAAGAAAGCUCCAACCCAAAGCACGCUGCAUUUCCACACUGAUUAAAAGCAACGAUUGCUGAUAAUAAAGAAAAAAGUGUGGGAGGAAGCCAUUUCAGAUUCCUGAGAAGCUCUUUUUCUUUGCAUCCUGGUCCUCUGAAUGUGGAGCUGAUUGAAUGAAUCGAGUGCUUAAAGGCCUGCAUUGCUAGCAAAGGCUGCGCUGAACAGUUUGAAGACAUUAACACAAGCAGAUCAUUCGAGAACAAAAAAAAAAGAGGAGAAACUGUGUUUGAUCUUAAUGCACUGUAGUGAUGUUAACAGUUUUCUUUCUCAUAACAUUCUCAUGCUCGUAAGCUUGUCGAGUUUGUCUUUGUGUGAUGUAUCUGAGAAAAAAAAAAAACAAGUCUUUAAAUGUCAGUCUAUUUGGCAUUUUGUGCUCUGUCAGUUUGAGUUGCUCUUUUCUCUCUGUCUGCCAUGGCUUUAGUAAGCAAAUGACCUCUGCUUCUUUGAAUCAUUAUUUGAGCUUUCUCUUUUUCUUCUUUUGUACUCCCCCGUUGUUCCCUCAUUUUUUUCCUUUUUUACCUCUUCCUCCGCGUGUUUCUCUCAAUCAAUCCCCGAUGUCUCUUCUUAAUUAUCUGGCGUCUUGCUCCUACCUUCUGUCCUUCCGUCCUUCAAUCCCUCCUUCCUCCGUUCCUUCCUUGCUCACUCCCAUGCAACGCCUCUCUCUCUGGCAGACCUGUGCGAUUACAAAAACUUUGUGAAUAAUCGCCAGGCUGUCAAUCAAAGGGGUGAUCUUUCCGCAGUGAGCCAUGCCAUGACAGGAAUGAGCCCCUCGCCCUCGCUCUCGGCCCUGUCCAGUAGAGCCGGGUCCAUCAGCAAUCUGCACGACCGCAUCUUCAGCCCGGCAAGCGAGGAGGCCAUCGAGAGGCUCAAGGUAGGGCUGACGCCAAAACUGAAAGGAGAGUAAUAAUAAUAAUGAAAAUAAUAAAUGUUAUUUAUAACACACUUUUACAGGUGCUCAAAGAUGACUCACAAAGAAAAAGAAGAAAAUAAAAUGAAAAAACACAAUUUAAAAUACAGAAAAUUUUGAGAAAUAAAACCAAUGAUGUAAUAGGUUAAAAAAGACACACGAGAAGACUAUCAGAGAACAGUUCACAGGUUAAAAGCCGAUUUAAAAAGGUGUAUUUUCAGGACUGAUUUAAAAGUGUUGGGGUCAGUAUAAUCUUGGAUGGGUUUGGGGAGUGAAUUCCAGAGGGUGGGGCUGGAAAAGUGUGAGGAAAGGAAAGAAAAGAAAUAACAGUAUCGUGAAGAGACUUUUUCUGAAUCUAAGACUGACAGGUGACACUCCAAAAAGUGGACUCCAAGUAAGAUCAAAUGUCCCACAUCAAUACAAUGUUUAUUAUAUUUGUGUCUUCAGUAUUUUUGUCUUAAAAAGCAAUUUUCGUUUAUUGUAGAUAUCAAAUAAUUUCUCUGAAUCAGACAAACGCACUUGUUUCAGUCUUGCUGUGCUACUUUUACUCCCCUGUGGGUUCUUUGAGAACAAAGACAACGUUUUUUUUUAAACUUUAUUUUUAUGAAUACAGUCAAUUUUUCAAAAAUACUUGUAAAGAGUAAAAUAAAGGAAUUGAACCAGAAAAGAACAGGAAAGGAAAGGCACAGAUGGAAAAAUAUACAUACAAAUAUAUAUUGUUACAUAGGGAGAGAAGAGUUAUCGUAACAGUGCGUACAUUUCAAGAGGAAGGUCCAGGGUUUAGAGAUAUUUCAGUCAUUGUUGUUCCAUUUGUCCUUCAUAUCAAAACAGGACAGAGACAUCCUCGCCCUAAUGCCCAACAUCUAGAGAGCAUAUCAAAUAGGACAGUAGGGGGCACUGUACUCAAGCAUAAAGGAAAAUAAAGAAAAAAAAAUGAAACAGAGCACAUUAUUAGUUGAAAGACAGCGAUCUUUAAAGGCAAAGUCUCCCCUUUUUAUUUUUUUUCUCAUUUUUAGAGCUCUCACUGUUUUUGUACAAUUUGUACAGGGUGCAUAAUUUUGUCUCAAUCCGCCGACAGGAAACAGAGAAAAUCAUCGCAGAGCUUAAUGAGACUUGGGAGGAGAAGCUGCGCCGCACUGAGGCUAUUCGUAUGGAAAGGUUUGUCAGACAUAUUUAUUCAUGAUUAAUGUUUUCAAGAGACUAAAGUGUUUAGUCAUAAUUUUUCAGUUUUUAAGAUCUUGGUACUAAUGUAGAUUUUGCUCCUGUCUCUUGUAGGGAAGCCCUGCUUGCUGAGAUGGGUGUUGCAAUGAGGGAGGAUGGAGGCACUGUCGGCGUCUUCUCUCCCAAAAAGGUGUUUUGUCUUAAACUUUCGCACAAUACUUUGUCUACUUAAUAUCUCUCUGCUCUCACACAAACACUCAACAACUACUGUCACCUACAGACCCCUCAUCUGGUGAACCUGAACGAGGACCCGCUCAUGUCAGAGUGUCUGCUGUAUUAUAUCAAAGACGGCAUCACCAAGUGAGGUUUUCUCUAAAACUCAGCUGUGAUGGUUAAUCUCCAUAAUGUGCUUCUGGGGACUUACAUUUCUGUGUCACUCUGCAGAGUCGGACGAGAAAACGCCAGAACUCGCCAAGACAUUGUUCUCAGCGGCCAUUUCAUCAAAGAUGAGCACUGCACUUUCAGCAGCACUACAGGCCCUCAGGGAGAAGGUAAAGACUGUCAGCUCCUCCUCAGAAACUCAGAGAUAAAGUCAUAACUUUGUCUGGAUUACACAAACGUCAAAAGCUCGGUUCUGACAGGCUUUUCAUUAUCUCUUAAACAGGAAUUGUUGUCCUGGAGCCAUGUGAGGGCUCAGAGACCUACGUCAACGGGAAGAAAGUGACCUCUCCCAUUGUUUUACGAUCUGGUAUGUGUGGAGAUGAUAUCAUUUUAGUAAAAAGAGAGUAAACAUAAAAAUGUAUGAGAAUUGAGAGGAAAGUCUACAUCAGGUUAUUAUUAUUCCAGUGUCUGCUCACAGCCGUUUGGGAGUCAUAAUAAUUGAUCUGACUGAUAAGCAGUGUUGAUUUAUUUUAUGCCAAAGUGAUCACACUUUUAUUUUUUCUGUGCAUUAUUUUUCAGGGAACCGCAUCAUCAUGGGAAAGAGCCACGUGUUUCGCUUUAACGACCCAGAGCAGGCUCGCAUGGAGAGAGAGAGGACGCCGUGUGCUGAGACUCCGGUGGAGCCCGUGGACUGGGCUUUCGCUCAGCGAGAGCUGCUCGAGAAACAAGGCAUCGACAUGAAGCAGGAGAUGGAGCAGAGGUGUGUAGAGGAGAUAUAAUGAGGAUGAUUGUACUUAAUCAGUGUUUUUUAAUUAGUCAUUGAACAUGCAUUGUUUUCUCUCUCAGGCUUCAGGAACUUGAAGAUCAGUAUCGCAAAGAAAGAGAAGAAGCCAGUAACCUGCUGGAGCAGCAGCGGCUGGUGAGGACAGGUUAUCUUUACUGUUAUCACAGAUGGAAACAAAAUAUUUCAACCAGACACUCACAAUGGAUCUUAUGUUUAUUCAGGACUAUGAAAGUAAACUGGAGGCUCUGCAGAAACAAGUGGACUCCCGAUACCUGGAGUCUCCUGAAGAGGAAGAGGAGCCAGAAGAAGAAGGUAAAUCUCACUUUGUUUAAACUGAUUCAUCAAAACAUUGAACUCUAAAUUAGCUGAAUCGCUCCAAAUUAACCUGCAUGAUUUUCUGUUUACAGUACCAUGGACAGCGCGUGAGACCGAGUUGGCGCUGUGGGCGUUCAGAAAGUGGCGUUUCUACCAGUUCACGUCUCUCAGGGACCUGCUUUGGGGCAACGCUAUCUUCCUCAAAGAAGCUAACGCCAUCAGUGUGGAGCUGAAGAAAAAGGUGCUUGUUACUGGAGACAUUUGUUUUGUAUUUAUGUUGCAGGUAAACCCAGGAAAGAUUUUGAAAUAGACAUAAUGAAACAGGGUCAGCAUGUAAAUACUAGACGUUAAACUGUAUUUUUCCUCCAACUGCAUAAAAAAAUGAUGUGGUUUGAUCUGAGCAGGGCUCUCCUGUCAGAUACUUUUACAUCUCUGCUGUUGAAAUAAUAAUAAAUACGUAAAUAAUAUUUCAGUAUAUUUUUCUUCACUUUCAUGUAAAAUGUGCAUGUUAUGCACGUAACAAUUUAAGUGUGAGAAUUUGACAUUAUGCAAAAAUCAAUAAUGCAUUAAUUUCAACGUUGCAUGUGAUCAUUGACAUAUCCCUGGCUGUAAAUAUUCAGCAUAAAAAAGUCUCCUGCAUGUAGUUUAUUAUAGAUAAUCAGUUUUUUCUGUUUUUUUUUUUUUUUUUCAUUCAAAAACCGGCUAGCAUCAUCGCAAAAACCUGGCACUGAAAGGGUUAAAUUAUUGAAAAUUAUUGAUAUUUUAUAUUUAUAAUUAGGGCAGAUGUGGACCAAAAAAAUGAGCCCAAAAAAGUACAAUCCAAUUAUAUCUUAAUUUCUUAAAUGAGCAUGUUAUUCACAUAACGGUUUAAGUGUUAAGAAGAUUAAAGCGAUACCAGAAGGGUUAAAGAACUCUAUUUGAUAAUAAUGAUGUGAUGAGAUGUGAUAAAUCGCUCAUGUUUGUGUGUUUUCUAUCGUCCACAGGUGCAGUUCCAGUUCGUCCUGUUGACAGACACUCUGUACUCCCCCCUCCCCCCUGACCUGCUGCCCGCAAAUGUGGCCAAAGAGAGGGAGAGACGACCGUUCCCCCAAACCAUCGUCGCCGUUGAGGUUCAAGACCAAAAGAAUGGAGCAACACAUUACUGGACUCUGGAGAAACUCAGGUAUGGUUGUCAUAACGAUACUUGGAAAGUGGUUGGUACCCCACAGAAAGACAGACUGUUGUUGAUUUCCUCCUCUUUUUAUCUCCCGCCCCCCUGCAGGCAGAGACUGGACCUGAUGAGAGAAAUGUAUGACCGGGCUGCAGAGCUCCCCAGCAGCGCCGUUGAGGACUGUGACCACGCUCUGACCGGAGGAGACCCCUUCUACGACCGCUUCCCCUGGUUCCGUCUGGUCGGCAGGUUUGUCACAAACUAAACAGAACUGGAUGUUCCUCUCUCUGUGUUUGUUGCUUUUCAACACAAUUAAGUCUUCCCAUCGAGGUUAACUCCUCCUUGUCCUCAGGGCGUUUGUGUACCUGAGUAACCUCCUGUACCCGGUGCCUCUGGUGCACCGUGUGGCCAUCGUCAGUGAAAAAGGAGAGGUGAAAGGCUUCCUCAGAGUGGCUGUUCAGGCCAUCUCAGGUACAGACAAUUCUUCAACACUAUCUUGAUUUCUACUUUGUAUCUUCUCCUGUUUUAGAGAUGUGACAGCAGUCUAAUGUCAUGCUCCUUUUUUGACUCUCCUCAGCUGAUGAAGAAGCCCCUGACUACGGCUCUGGUGUGAGGCAGUCCGGCACAGCCAAGAUCUCCUUUGAGGACAAACAGUUUGAGAGGGUACAAACAGCCCAGAGUCUUUUCUCUGAUGUGUCCUUGAUUGAACCAGAUUAGUCUUUAAGAGACAAGAAAGAACCAAGAGUUGGACUUCAACCCAAUCUGGAUUUCUGCCUUUAAGUGGGAUUGUUUCUGCUCUUGUUCUAGUUCCAGACAGAGUCGUGUCCUAGUGGUCUUUCCCACUCCAACACCUCCCAGGAGGAGCUGCGAAUUGUGGAGGGAGAGGGACAAAAUGCUGACAUAGGGAUCUCUGCAGAUGAGGUCAACAACAACACCUGUCCAGGUGAGGUGACACCAGGUACGCAGCCCAUGGUUCUUUGACUUAUCUCACUGUUUUCACUGAUAUUUGUUAAAAAGCAACAAAAAUCAUGAUAAUCCCUCGAUGUCCUAGUUUAGUCACCAACUCAUCACUUUAACAAAAUGAUGAAAGAGCUGGCUGAUGUUUAUGCUGCAUCUACGUAACCAGAGACCUUUGUAUCUGUGGCUCGUCUGUUUUGUGAAGCAGUUGAGGUUCCACGCAGCCCAGUGAAGAGUUCAGGUCUGGGUCUGGAUCUUCCUCUGGACCUUUCCCCAGAGAAAGCUUUGUCACACCUGAAGAUUGGCAGCACCUUCACCUUUAGAGUCACCGUCCUGCAGGCCUCGAGCAUCUCAGCCGAAUACGCUGACAUCUUCUGCCAGUUCAAGUGAGUUCAAGCGCAAUCCACCGAGGCCUUGAAAUGCUACUGAAGAUCCUGUCAGAUAUUAUAUUUAUGCAGCAGAAAACUGCACCGCAAAAACAGCCCUAUGAGAAAGAAGCAAAAUAUUCUUAUAUUCAAUCAAAUAAUCUUUAAUAAGCUUUUUUUGCUCGACAAGAAUUCUCAAAAUAUGAACAAAUUUCUUGGCCCUGACAGACUCAAAUGAAACUUAAAACUAGACAGAAAAUCUUAUAUUAAUCUAUUUUUUUCAGUAGCAAGCAAUGAAAAAUGAAGAUGAAGUUACUUAAAAUUAGAAUUAGAAUUAGUAAAUGAACUUCAAGAAAAUACACCUUAAUCUAGGAUUAUUAAUGAGCAUGACAGUAGUUCAAAUAAGACAUAAUUUCUUAAAACAGCAUAGCAACUAUUAGUGAUGUUUUCUUCAAUCAAGAUACCAAAACAUUCUCAUUAAAUAUAUAUUUUUUAUUCCACAAACAAGCAUGUGGAGAGCAAGCAUGUUCUUUGUUGUUCUUUGUUGUUUUGCAGUUUUCAUCUGGUCGUUGUAUUUUGUUGUUUGUUGUACAGACUAGCCUACAGACAUCUUUAUAUGUCAGAUAAUGUAGGAGGCAGCAGAUUCUGUCAGGUUCAGAUGACCUGCAAUGGAAAUCUUAUUUAAAAAAAAUCAACUAUUCUUGUUUCAUUGCAUUCUUAAACUUGAAGUUGUACAUAUGUCUUACUCUAAAAUUGAGACGAAUGAUCUUGUUGCUUCGCUGGAUUUUACUGUAAAAAAAAAUUUCUAUUCUAUUUCUGGUUCAUUCUUUCUCAAAAUUAGCUGGAAUAUGUUACCAAGAAAAAAGUUAACAAUUUUCUCUUAAAAUUAGAUAAUUUUUCUAAUGCCAAACAUGCUUGACAAGAUUAAUAUUCUUUUUGUACAAAAAAUAGGACUUAUUUCCUUAAUACAAGGCUGUUUUCCUUUCUUGAAAUACCCUCUUUUGCAGUGUGGUCUCAAUAGAUGCAAAGUAACUAGCUGUCACUGCUAGCUUAACUUGAUGACAUUUGUGUCCAUCCAAUGACCAAAUUGCAAAUUGGCAAUGGAAUCGGCACUGGUUAAAUGUUGAAAAGUUGUCAAAAAUGCAAUGGCUUUGUCCUUUAUUUUUCUACAGCCUGUUAUUGACAGGAUGUGUUACGGUUAGCUCACAGUCUCUCUAAUGCCUUCCCCCUCCCACUUUUUUUAGUUUCAUCCACCGCCAUGAUGAAGCUUUCUCGACUGAGCCUCUGAAGAACACAGGCAGAGGACCCCCGCUCGGCUUCUACCAUGUCCAAAAUGUAAACGCCAAACUUCAAAAUUAUGUCUACUAUUAACAAACAUUAUUAGUUCCUUGUCCUGCUGUAUUUCAAAUGUAUUUCAAAUUCCUUUCGUAAUAUAUCCUUUAGAGGUUUAUUGUUGCUCUUUUCUGUCAGAUCACAGUGGAGGUGACUAAAUCGUUUGUGGAGUACAUCAAGACUCAGCCGAUCGUCUUUGAGGUGUUUGGUCAUUAUCAGAAACAGCCCUUCCCUCCGCUCUGCAAAGACCUCAUCAGGUGAGAAAGAAAUCUGAUUUUGAAAUCCAAGGUUAUCGUGUUUACUUGACCAGAAGGAUCCUCACAUGUGGUGUCCUUGUCCUUAAGUCCACUUAGACCCACCAGGAGGCAGUUCCCCAGAGUGAUGCCCCUAUCCAAACCAGGUGAGCUGUCACCUUAGAUACUUCUAAUUCAAGAUAUGUGUUUUAUUUUUUUCUUGUAUAUUAAAAUAUUCCACUCUCAUGUGAUAUUUAGCCAUGCUGUUUUUCUUUCGUCUGCUGCACAAUAAUCUGUCAUCCUGCUCCCUCUCCUCCAGUGCCAGCCACAAAGCUCAGCACUCUGACCCGCUCCACAGCAGGACCCUGUCACGCCAAAUACGACCUCAUGGUGUUUUUUGAGAUCUGUGAGCUCGAAGCUAACGGGGAGUGAGUAACAUGUCCUUUGCUUCUCACAGUAGAUUAUAUUUUUAGAAGGAAUACUGCUUGACAAGGUCAUUCUCAGGUAAACUUUGCAGCACUCACCUUUUUGUCAUGAUUAUUUGUUUUCAGCUACAUUCCAGCUGUUGUUGACCACAGAGGUGGGAUGCCCUGCCACGGCACAUACCUCCUACACCAGGUCUGACCAUAACUCAUUUUCAUGCUUUAUAUGUAAACAGUUCAGGGACAGAUUUGCAGAUUAUUUUUCUUUUUGCUCGAACUGUUUAGAUGACAAGAACAGAACAGACAAGUUUGCUGCUUCAGUCUCAUUUUUUAAACAAGAAGUGAUAAUGUUAAAAUCAGGAUAAAGCUGGAAAGGACUACAGGGUUACCAAAAGCUGAUUUAUUAGCUUAUACUUGGUCAGCACAGUUAGUUUAGUGAUCAUUAAUAAUUAAUUGGAAAUUCAGUGGGGAUGACAUGCAGGAAAGGGUCAUGGCCAUACCUGCCAACAUUUGGGUUAUAAAAUCCGGGCGAUUUUUGCGGCACGUGCCGGGCAGUUUUGGGGUUACCUUGUAUGGUGGAUAUGAGCUAAGUAUGAUAGUAUUGGAAUUAGAUUGCUCAUCCAAAUAAGUAUAAGUGAAGCUGCACACUUUUUUUGUUUCAACAAUAACAAAUGGUAAUAAAAAAUAGCUACGAUAUGCCUUAAACUAAUCUAGUCCACUAAUAUUAGUGUCAUGGCAGGGAGUUUUGCCUGAGACCACUCCAAUGAGGACUAUAACCUCUGUAAAUGGGGCACAUGAUUAAACAACAAGGCUGACUGGCGCUCCUCCUUUAAGUUCCUUUUUUUAUUAUUUGGUUGCUAUGGCAGCAACUUGUCAAUCACAAUAUCCCCGGCCUAAAGCAUACAUAGCUUCAUCAUGUCAUGUGUUCUUAAUAAGAUCAUGAUUAAUUAAAUGAACGCAGUGUUAUUUUAGAGAAGACUCAAACUAAUGCUGGAGACCAUUAAUGAACAGUUCCAUUCUCUUUUGUGAGUAGUCGUGUUGCCCCCUGCUGGCUACUUAAAAUCAUGCAGGCUCCCUUUUUAAGAGAUGGAGGCCUCAUCUGAUCACAUAUAAUUCAUUCAAACUGGUUAUAAUAGAAGCGUCUGAGUUUCAGAAAAAGCAAAUAAUAUUAAAACAAACACUGUAUAGAUACUGUAAAUGUAGCUUUUUGAUCUUGACAAAUACUUUUUUUAUGUCUGACUAAUAAACAGUUUUUGUUAUAUCCUUCUUUCUUUCCACUCCACAGGGCAUCCAGAGGAGGAUCACUGUCACCAUAGCUCAUGAAACAGGAAAUGAUAUUGAGUGGAAAGAGGUCAAAGAGCUGGUUAUCGGUGAGUCAGGUCAAAAGUUAAUCAUCCAUAGACUCUAAAAAGGAGGAAAUAUUUCUUUUAAAUAAAAAUAUUGCUUUUAUCAUGACUAUUAUGUGACUUCAGGCCGUAUAAGAAACACACCAGAGGCUGACGAGACCAUCAUAGACCCAAACAUCCUGUCUCUCAACAUCCUGUCUUCUGGAUACUUCUGGCCAAAACACAAUGACAAGUAUGAUUAUUUAUUACUUGAUGUUCAAAGACAGUUAGAAUUUUUAGUUUGCUAACAGAGCUAUGAUUUUUUUAAGUAAUGCUUCAAAGAAACUGGACUGUAAUAAAUUUAAUAGCUGCAGCUUAAAGUUUCUAACUUCUAUUUCUCUUUAUUUUUUGUUGACGGCAGCGUCUCCUUGGGAGUUGAUCAUAGGUAUAAAUUAAAAUUGUCUUAUAUAUUUUUUAAAUUAACACUUUUCCUGGAAGCAAAAUGUUGAAGUUCUUGUGAAAAAUAUGUCCUCUAAAAAUCCUCUUAAAAUCGUGUAAAGAGAUAACAUCUGUCAUUUUCACGAUGCAGAACUUUCUACCGAUUCGAAGCUGCAUGGGACAGCUCCAUGCACAACUCCCUGCUUCUGAACAGAGUCACUCCUUACGGAGAGAAGAUCUACAUCACUCUCUCUGCAUAUCUAGAGGUACAACAGAUCAUUUGUCAUGCUCGUGACUUUUCUUAGUUGACUUUUAAUGGAAGUUUAGCAUGAUUGUGAUUGUAACGAUCUCAUUAUAUUUCAUUUAGAUGGAGAACUGCACUCAGCCGACAGUGAUCACCAAAGAUUUCUGCAUGGUGUUUUAUUCCCGUGACGCCAAGCUUCCGGCUUCACGCUCCAUCAGAAACCUCUUCAGCACCGGCUGCCUCCGGCCCUCUGAGAGGUACGGAUAAUUUUCACAGAUUCUAAAUCUGCGCAAACUCUGUCUGAGAAAAAUAUUACAUGAAAUUAGUUGUGUGACAUAACAAGAUAUUUUAUAAACUUUUGAAAUUUCUCCUUUGUCCUCCUCAGUAACCGUGUCACUGGAGUCUACGAAGUCACCCUCUGCCAUGUGGCAGAUAACGGAAGCCCAGGUGAGAAAAAAACAAAUCUGGAAAAAUAUUCAGAGUGUCUUCUCUUUAUCUUUAUUUUUAUGUACAACUUUCAUUUGCCUUCUCCUUUUUCAGGUAUGCAGCGUCGUCGUAGGCGUGUGUUGGAUACCUCUGUGGCAUAUGUCAGAGGAGAGGAGAACCUGGCUGGAUGGAGACCUCGCAGUGACAGCCUCAUCCUGGACCACCAGUGGGAGCUGGAGAAACUCAGUUUACUGCAAGAGGUCAGUUUGGAGACUGAGGAGGUUUCCUUUAAGAGAAGAGACAAAGGAAUUUUAAGAGUCAAACACAUUUGAGGUCUCUUUUCAUCUAUCGAUUGUACCUGCUGAUGUUUUUCAGGUGGAGAAGACCCGGCACUACCUGCUGCUGAGGGAGAAACUCGAAGCGACUCUGCAGGCCGGACAGGAUGCUCUGUACAAGAGCAGUGACAUCAGUGACUUUGCAAAGAGUCCCGUCCUCAGCCACAGCCCUGGAAGUAUCCCCCCAACCCCAGACAGCCCCAACCAGAGGCAAAGGGAGCUGGCUGCCAAGGUGAGUGCUGCUUUCUCAGACCCCCCGGUAAUAUCAUUAUGAAUUUCAUGAAACCGCCAACAAGGUCUUAAAAAUCUCUUUCCCUUUCUCCCUGCAGUGUCUGCGUCUGCUGAUGCACACCUUCAACAGGGAGUACAGCCAGGUGAGCAGCAGUGCCAGUGAGAGCAAGGUGAGCCCCAGCCUAGGCCCGCUAACCCGGCCCGUUACUCCUUCUGAACCUUUAGCUUCUACCCUUUACAGAAUAUUAAAGCCCCGUAACCACCCUCAGCCGCCAUCAUCAUGCAUUAUUUUUUUUUUUGUUCACUCCUUUAACAUUAUUUACUUUCUUCUCUCAUUGUAUGUCGACCUCUGCAUCCACACCUUAAACCUGAAAGUCCUUCAGAUUUUCCCCCCUUUUUCCCCAUCCACCACUUCUAUAGAGUCUGUGAGGCUCCUACUAACCCUGAAAUCCCUCCUGCAUGUCCUCUUUAACUACAUGUGAACCAGUGAGGGGCUCUUACUGUAGAUGAAGUAGGAUUUCAAAUGGUUCAGACAUGGUUCUUCAGUACAUGACUUGACAAAGAGAAAUUGUCUGAUUCGAUUGUUUUCUGAAUGCAUGUCUGUGUUGUUUGUGCUUAAUUGUUUGCUGGUAUGUUAUGUCUGUAUUUGUCCCUUUGUCUUUUGUGUGUGUGUGUGCUUUUCCAUGUGUGAUGUGUUGGGAAUGUGUGCCUGUGUGUGUGUGUGUGUUUUUUUUAGCUCUCUGAGAUGUCUGCGUCACUGAUGAGAGACUCCUCCUCGUCUGGACUGAGCACGCUCACUCCAUCCUCCACCUGCCCCUCACUGGUUGAGGGACAUUAUGACAUUAGGUUUGUAUUCAAACAUACUAGCGAGGUUUCUUAAAGGGAUAUUCCGGCGUAAAAUUAAGUUAGGGUCAAACACACAGUAACACCGAGUUAGACACCCCGUCGGAAGAUGAAUGAUGCCGACUGCUUUCUUCUCGAAUUAUACCAACUUUAGUAAGGACCGCACGAUAGCAAUACGAUAAGAGCCAAUCAAAACGCCACUCUAUAGCCACAAAUGAUGCUCAGAACAGCACCUAACUUCAUCAACAGUAGGUAUAGGGUCCCAGCCACAGUACUAAACAUUAAACAUCUUUUUAGCCUUUUCAAAGAGACUAAACACAACUCACCUACUCUCUUCCAGCAGCUGCUUGUCUGUAUGGAGACCUCAGAUGAGUCUGAACUGACGGCAGCGGGGUGAUGCAGCUCAAGGAAGAACAUUUAUGAUCAUAUUUUCAUGGAAAUGCAAUCAGACAGAGACGCUAAGGCAGAAGAACUACAGCGUCUGCAGUUCAAAAUGAUUAAUAUGGUGAUUAUUACUUCAAGGAAAUGAUAAAGAAAUGAUCAUAAAUGUUCUUCCUUGAGCUGCGUCACCCCACUGCAGUAAUGGACUCGCCCGAGGUCUCCGGUGUUAUGGUGUGUUUGACUCUAAAUUAAUGUUACGCUGAAAUAUCCCUUUAAAUUUGUCUCACAUGACUAAAGCUGUUGAAGGAACUGUUCUGUAGUCACAUUGUGAACCUGUUGUCGAUGAACUGUAGACACACUGAGCCCAGUUCAGAAGCCUCCACUCCAGACCUGGACCCGUACAGCCCAGUGGACAGAAAGAAGAUGCUGAAAGGAUGCACGUUUGUUCCUGACAUACAAGAAAUCCGUGUCAGGUCAGAUCACACACACUAUCUCUCUCACACACACAAUUUCUAAAAUUUUUGAUACAGAAUGUCAAACUUUGAAUUCAGCAGUUUUCAUUUGGGACAGAGGUCAUGCAUUGAUGAAUCAAUGUGAAGUAACAUUAGCAUUUCUUUUACCCAUUUCCAGUCCCAUAGUGUCAAAGAAAGGCUACCUACAUUUCCUGGAGCCCCACACCAGCGGCUGGGUGAAGCGUUAUGUGGUUGUGCGCAGGCCCUAUGUCUACCUGUAUCGCAGCGAGAGGGACAGCGUGGAGCGAGCUGUCAUCAACCUGUCGUCUGCCAAAGUGGAAUACAGCGAAGACAAACAGACUUUACUACGGGUAUGGCCGCUCAUCAGUUUGAUCAAAGUUUUUGAUAAAUGUUAAUCAUGAAUAAAUCAAAGUGACCCAAGGUAUUUCAUGUCUAGACUCCAAACACGUUUGCGGUGUGCACCGAGCAUCGUGGAAUUCUGCUGCAGGCCACCAAUGACAAAGAGAUGCAUGACUGGCUGUACGCUUUUAACCCUCUGCUCGCCGGCACCAUCAGGUGAGUGAGGGCUGUAAGCAGAAACGUAGACUUGCCCACAUGUACUGUUCUAGCAUACAGCUGUUGAUGAAUGCAUGAAUGAAGUUUAUUCAUUUCAAAUAUGUUCAAAAGAGAAAAUUAAGAUGAAAAAAUACAGAAUGAUAAUGAUAAGGAAAAAAGGAACAUACAAGAUAUUCGAAAAGGAGUAAAAGGAAGUAAAAUUUAUCAAGUCCCGCCCCUUCUCCAUCAACUAUUCUGCGAAAGUGCUUCCACAUAUAUAAAUGAAAAGUUUAUACACCAUAAUUCAGUGGUGUUUUAAAAAAACAUAGUAAAACAAUAACAAAAGCCAACAUAAUUCUUAAUUUAAUGUGAUACCUUCUGUUUCAUCCCUAUAUCUAUUGAAUAUUAUAUUUUUACAGAUUUUUUUUAAUUUCCUCAAGACUGAGCAUUGCUUCAGGUCCAGCUUCAACGACUUGAAUGAUUAACUAUCAUUUCUGUAAUUUUCUCUGCUUAGGUCAAAGCUCUCUCGGAGAAAGUCGAUCCAGUCAGCCCCGCCCGCUCAGAGGAUGUGAGAGGUGAACCGACCUGGUGGAAAAACAAUAAAACAAGCAAAACAAUACAAUCUGAAAGCACCACUCUCCACCCUGCUCUAAUAGAAAUGACUUACAUAAACAAAUUAUCCUUAAAACCAUUUAAAUAACCUCCCAUAUGACCUCCCCCCUACUCCCCAAAAAUCACAUGAACACUCAUCCUGAAACCCCUAAAAUCAUCCCUCCUCUGUUAUUGCAGCUGCCACAUUUAAACCCUGCAUGCUGUGCUCCCUUUAGAGUAAAACAUAAGACAAGCUAACCUACUGAACCUGUUUAUUAACUUACUUCUGCUGUACACUGGGACUAGUUUUGAUUAGUUCUACCUGUAGGAAUCUGUCAUCUGUUAGGCUACCAGCUUCCUGUCAAGAGUAAGGAUGUGCUCAGUCUGUCCUUUACUCAUAUUAACUGAGUUAGAAACAUUUAACUUGACGUUUCUCUUUGUAAGUGCUUGGAAGAAACAUACACCUAUUAUAUACUGUACAUUACCUCAGUAUGAAACGACUUACCGCUUACAGCACAGAGUAUUUGUUUCACUGCAGAGGUCUGGGGUAUCAAACAGAUCUGUUCUUUUCACACAGAAGUAGCAGGAGGGUGGUUGGGACAAAAUGGUACAUGGUUCUCUUGUUUUGUUGUGUUUUGUUUUUAGAUGGUUGGAAAAAAAAAGAGACUUUGUCGUUCAACUGAGGCAAAAUAAUGAAGAGCGAUAACUCAUGUUACUGCCUUGUUCCCGUUAUGUGCUUUUUUCACAUAAUCCCCUCUGUAAAUGAGAAUAUUAUUUAUUGUUGCUAUCAUAUUUUUACUGCACUGUAAUUUACUUGUGACAGGACCACUGGUCAGUUUUGUUGCAUUGCACUUUAUUGUCUAUUGAGUUAAUGUACUGUAUCCUUCUCGAGUGUUUUAACCAAAGCUUUAUUAGUUUCUUCUUUGUUUAUCGUGCACAUGUGCAGUUCGGUCAGCAGACAUCUUGGAUCGUGAAGACAUAAUUUGACAUUUUUGGAAAUACACUUAGUGGCUUUUUUUGUCAUGUGACACCACUGUGUGCAGUAAACUUGAUUCUUAGUCCCAGUUUAAGCUAAGCUAGCAUAGUUUAGCACUUUGCGUAACAGCUAGCUCAUCGGAAGGUCUAGCAGCGCCUUUAAAUCUUACUAAUGGCUUUUAAAAGCUUCUUAGGUGUGGCAAACUUUAAAAUCAUGAAGAGCUGUAUGACAAAGACUUUUUCAAGAAAAUAAGAUUUUGACAUACUAUAUUGAAAAUCAAAAUUUGUAGACUCUAAACAGCAUGUAUACAAGAAAACCAAUAAGUGUGUUUCCCUUAAAGUUUACUAGCCAAUCAUAAAACGGCAUUCGAUAUGGAACACACCAGGAGGACAACAUUAUUGUAGGCGAUCAGAUAACUUUGAAAACUUUCAUUCUGUCUGUUACGGGCCAUCAGAGUCGCUUCAUUUACUAAGUUUACUUCUAAAGUCUCGUCUCCUCACCGAAAGAACAGUUUUGAUUUACUGUGGACCUGUAAUCUGUGUGAGUUGCUUUGAGUGGGCAAGAGCGUUGUCCAUGCACCAGAUAGUGCCUCCCUCUCUUCACCUCUUCAUCUCCGCCCCUUCAUCAUCAUCAUCAUCAUCAUCAUAAUCUUCAACAUGAACACUAAAGUUAACAACACGUGUCCAAGAUGAAGCUUUUAUGUAGAGUAAAAGAUGUAACCAUUCUUUUUUUGUUUUAUAUUGACGAUUAAUGUUUUUGGAGAGUGAAUAUUAUCAAUGAAGCUAUAUAGUAUGUUAGUAUAGGCUAUAACAGUACAGUACACCUUAUAUCUCAUUACCAUUGGCUGUAAAUGUGGCUUUGUAAAUGAAACCCCUCUUAGCUUUUAUAAUGUAGCGGCUUGAUUUUUGGACAGCCUGAUGCUCGUGUCUCAAACCAGUAUAGUGUUGUUCGCUCGCAGAUGUUGUAACUUUUAUGGCUUCCAGUUGCUUUAACUAGCUGUUUACUUUGCAGUUUACCAGGAUGACGCCAAAUAUUUAAAACCCAGAUCAUGGAGAGAGUAGAUAUUCAGAUUUUUACUGCUUAACUACAAUAUAGUCCGUCACUCCGGAUGUGAGAGCUUUUAGAAAUGCUGAUUACAGACAUGGUCAGCCCGCCAUGUUGUCUGAUCAGAUUCAGAGAAAGUUUUCAGGACUCAUUACGCCACAGGCCAACCAACCUGCUGAGCAAUGCUGACUGAAACUUCAAUAAUCUGACAAUUUAACACCAGCUCUGUUACUACUUGUGACUUCUCUGGACCUUGAAUGAAUGACAUAAGAUGGUUUGAUUACUCUUAAAUGUUUGUGUCAUCUUGGUAUAACCCACUUUAUUUGUUCUGUUAAAAUGCUUACAGGCAUAUCUUGGACUCUGUCUGCGAGAGCAGAGGACUAAAUGUGGAAUUUUAUUUUUCUGUUUCAAAGGAUGGUUAUAGUUCUGAAAGAAUAAUGCACUUAUGCACAAGCAUCUUUAUUUACUAUGGUUUUUAUAUGACGUGGUUUUGAGAAUGUAUGGAAAAGAGGAUCUGUGAUCAAACAUAUUAAAACCCUGUCCCGGAGUAGCAAUGAUUAGAUUCUGUAUUUAAGCCAUUUUUCAUUUUACUUCAGCUUUCAAACCUUCAACAGCAUUGGAUUUUUACUUUACAUCAUGCAGAUGACUUGGUUCGAGCUCAAAUGGUUUGAGAAUAUCAUGUUUAAGAAAAAACACAGAGUGAGACAGCUUAAGUGCACUGACCUGUAGUUGUUGAAGGUAAAAGAGUUGAUUAUUUUGUAUUUGGCUGCUUUUUAACUGUCACAGCUCUGGAUCAAAGCAUGUGGGUCCACUUCUCUUCUGCUCUCCCUCUCUCCUGCCUUAUAGCUUGCUAAUAACAACACCCCACCCCAGUCCCCCACCCCACCCACUCCUCCUGAAGUGCUUCUUGUAAAGUAUUGUCAUUCAUGAUCCUUGUAAUGACUAACUGGAAACCUUCCUCUUGGCUCUGUCUUGUAUAUAAAUGAAGAUUUUCUGUGUCGGCUCUCAUCACACAGAUGAUAUUAACUCUCUCUUCUUGUGUAUACCAUGAUGAAUUAGAAAAAACGGGCCUUUUGCUCUGUCGAGUGUCACCUCAGAGCACAGAGCGCUGCUCAGGGAUCAGUUUUGCACAUUUCAGCUUUGUGAGGGGGUCUUCAUGGACCAGCAGGUUAGGUGGUCCCAAGGUCUGCUCUGUUGCUCUGAGCUGCUCUGACAGAAGCAGAAUCAGGUCCUAGCCUGUGAUGAAGUCUUUAUCUCAGUGCUCACAUUUCUCUUUUGAGUGUUCUCAAGUUCUUUCUCAUGUCAGUGGACACGUAAUUAAAGUUGUCAAGAAAAAAUAAGGCAAAUAAAUGAGUGUUGAAACU